AUCUCUUAUGCAUCAAACUCUCAAAUUUAUAUAUAAAGGAUAAAUUAUUACUUGUCUAAAAAAUUGUCUCAAUUAUUUAUGUGCACUAGCGAAUUUUUAACAAUUAUUUUUAAUUUUUAGAAAAAGCUUUUUAUCCACAGGUAAAUUUUACUCAUUGUAUACAAAAUUUAAGUUUGGUGUAUCUCUUGAAUUUAAGAUAAUCUCUGUUAAAAAUGGUUUUUAUUCAUAUUCCUACUUGGGAAACCUUGGCCACCCUCUGCUUCUUCCGCUUCUGGCUCGGUUUCGGGAUCGGCGGCGACUACCCUCUCUCCGCCACCAUCAUGUCCGAGUACGCCAGCAAGAGCAACCGCGGCGCCUUCAUCGCCGCCGUCUUCGCCAUGCAGGGCUUCGGGAUUCUCACCGGCGGUGCCGUCGCCAUGCUCGUCUCCGCCGCCUUCGACCGCGCUUACAAGGCUCCCUCCUACGAGGCCGACCCGAUCGCCUCCACGGCUCCCCAGGCCGACUACGUGUGGCGGAUCAUACUCAUGGCCGGGGCGCUUCCUGCCGUGCUGACAUGGUACUGGAGAGCGAAGAUGCCGGAAACCGCUCGGUACACCGCCCUGGUCGCCAAGAACGCGGAGAAGGCGGCGGCGGACAUGUCAAAGGUCCUGCAAGAGGACAUAGAGGCAACAGAAAGGGCGGAACCGAAUGCCCUGGGAAAAUCAUCCCCGCCUUUGUUCGGGCUGUUCACGAAGGAAUUCGCCCGGCGACACGGGCUACACCUGGUGGGCACGUGCAGCACGUGGUUCCUUCUGGACGUGGCGUACUACAGCCAGAAUCUCUUCCAGAAGGACAUCUUCAGCGCGGUGGGGUGGAUCCCACCAGCGAGGACGAUGAGCGCCACCCGUGAGGUGUUCAAGAUAUCCAGGGCCCAGACGCUCAUCGCCCUCCUAAGCACGGUCCCCGGGUACUGGGUGACGGUGGCGACCAUAGACAGGCUGGGCAGGUUCGCCAUCCAGAUGAUCGGGUUCACCAUGAUGACGAUAUUCAUGUUCGCGCUAGCGAUCCCAUACGCCCACUGGUCAAUGCCGGGGCAGCAGAUAUGGUUCGUCGUCCUCUACGCCUUCACCUUCUUCUUCGCCAACUUCGGGCCCAACGCCACCACCUUCGUGGUGCCGGCGGAGAUCUUCCCGGCCAGACUGCGGUCCACCUGCCACGGAAUAUCGGCGGCUUCCGGGAAAUUGGGGGCAAUCGUAGGGUCCUUCGGGUUCUUGUACCUGGCUCAGCCGCGGGACAGGUCCAAGGCGGACGCCGGGUACCCCGCAGGAAUCGGGGUGAGGAAUUCGCUCAUCGUCUUGGCGGUCGUCAACUUUCUGGGCAUUGUGUUCACUCUACUGGUUCCGGAAUCAAAGGGGAAAUCUCUGGAGGAACUGUCAAGAGACAACGAAGAAACAGCGCAGUAGCUUCUCUGAUCUGGAGGAAGAAGAGAAGUAGAAGAAGAAGAAGAAUGCAGCGACACUACUCUAAUUGAAUUUGUUCUAAACCCAGUUCUCUUACAUAGAACUUUAUCCCCUUUAUUGUUGUUCUAUUCAUCAUUUUCUAGCUAUUUGUUUUACUGUUGGUAGGCUAGAUAAUUAUGUUUUCGUCGAAUCAUCCCACUGCAUAGCAAUUGAGGUUAAAAAAUACGUCAGCAAAUUCUCAUGCAAACACAUCUAAUCUGCCAAGUCAUAAUUUACACGCAUAAAAUGAAAAUAGUCAUAAUCUUAUUCUAAUUAAAGGACAUGAACCCUA